AUGAAGCCUACCUCCUGCCUCCUUCGCAUCCUCCUCCUCCUUCUCCAGCUGAUGAUCCCAGGGACUACUCAUGAGUCGCCUGAUUGUGGACAUGGUGACACCUCAGAGGUAGAGGAGGUUAUGGGAGAGAGAAGUGGAUUACAGGAGAGAGAUCAUGGGCUGCACCCCUUCUUAUCCUACUCGGAGUAUACUCCGUAAACCCCAACAAAGAAGCUCUCAUGUACCAGCGUCACCAGCCCAGGCAAACUGUCCUCCUGCCCUGCAGGGAUGGUUGUCACCGGCUGUGCUUGUGGCUACGCCUGUGGUUCAUGGGAUGUCCAGAGGGAAACCACGUGCCACUGCCAGUGCAGUGUGGUAGACUGGACAACUGCCCACUGUGACAUGUGGCCUGAGAGGGAGAAGGCUGAGAACCCAAUUCUGUGA